AUGGGACCAGAAGAAAAAGCCCAGUUAGGCACAGCUCUGAAAACCAGCCUCUUUGACGUUGUUUCCCAUGUGAAGGGAAUUGUGCUGGAAAAAGUGGGAGCGGAAGCCAGACAGCCAAAUCCCACCAUUAGGAAGUGUGUUCAGCUGAUCAAGAAUGGCAAGAAAAUCACAGCCUUCGUGCUCAACGAUGGUUGUUGUAAUUUUGUUGAGGAAAACGAGGAAGUUCUGGUGGCUGGAUUUGGCCGCCAAGGUCAUUCAGCAGGUGACAUUUCUGGAGUCCGUUUUAAGUUGUUAAAGUAG